AUGCACCACAAAAAAGAGUAAGUUCGAGAGUUGUAUGAGGUUUUGGCCUUAUCGAAAGAGGUUGAUGAAGAAAUCCUCCCUAUCCUCAUAAACAUAUUAAAAAAAGAGAGAAUUUAAGACUGCUUAGAAUUUCUCUCAUAAGAUCAAAAUCAAUUUCAUAUUAAAAUAGAAAGCUAAAAGCUAAAAAAUUUAUAAAUGCUUGGUAAAGAAUAGCCUCUCAAUGGAGAGUAGAACAUUAAGAGAAUAAUAGAUAUUCUCAAAUAAUUAGGGAUCAUGAAUUUAAUAAAUACUCGAUAGAUGAUUACGAAGAAAGCAAAAAGGAAUUGAUUAUAAAAAUAUAAUUGGAGAAGGAGAUUAUAGAAUUCCUAAGAUUUUUAGUUUAUCUGACAGCUUUAGAUGAGAGAUUUAUUUAUUGUGGAUCAAAUUCUCUUAAUUUACUAGUUU